AUGAAGUACUUUGCUGUUACAGUUUUAGGGCAUAUUGCAGAGAUUCCUCUCGACAGUAUGCGCCAUAUUGUUAGGAAUCUUUUCCUCAUCCUCGGUGAAGCUCUCAAAGUGUGUCCUUCGCCUGCAAGCUGUCCUGCUGGUUAUCGCCGUGAUUUACUGUGGGCACUUGCUAAUUGUGCAAAACAGGUGAACCCAUCUUCUUUGGAGUUCCCUCAAAGGAUGGCCGCAUGGAAGCUGGCCCGUGGAAUGACUGCUGAUCCGGCUGCCAUCGUCGCUGAAGCAGCAUUCGGACUUUUGCAACAGCUGGCUGGCCCCGAUAUGAUCCAAACCAAGGGCAAAUUAGAAAAACUGCAUGCAGUCUAUGUCAAGGGCUUGAAGUCUCCGCAUGCAAUCGUUAGAAGUGCUGCUGCCAAAUUCAGUGCCCAUCUGUUUACUCUUCUAGAAACAGUCGAAUUCGAGGAAGAAUCGGCAAACUCAUCGGCUCCUGCUUCCAAAUUCAAAGUGACUUUGAAGAGUGCCCUCAAGGUCCAAGGAUCUUUGUACCAAGCUGCACAAACCACGGGGACUGCUGAUGGUGUUGUGGAGUAUUUUGCUCACAUUUGUUCCGUUAGAGAUCCUCAACAACUGAUGGAAGAGUUCAACUCGCUUAUUCAAGAUUUGGCAACGUUUUUGGUUCAGAAUGUUGAAGGAUCUAAUGGUUUUCAUCUAUAUCGUGGUGUCGAGCAUCUUCGCCAUUUGGUGGUUGACCUUAUUGCAUCCAAACGACUACAAAACGGACAGCUUCGGCUUGAAAUGAUCAACGUGAUUAUUGGAAUACUCGUCAAAAGUACCCGAUCCGACCAAACGAUUGCCAUUGGUUACGUUACUUGCCUUCAAGGAUUAGUUGAGUUACUGGGCCCGGCUAUCACGGUUCUUUCUGAUCCGAUUCAUCAGACACUUAUUGCCCUCAUGGAAAACAAUACAGAAUGGGGCCUCGCCGUUGCAAUCACUGAGUGUUUUGACUCGCUAACAACUCAAAUUCCCGAGUUGAUAUUGCCGGUCUUUUCAUUUGCCCUACAAAAAGUUACCGACCGCCCUUCGCGAAGUUAUAGCUACCUACUUGCUGUCCUAGCUUCAAAAUGGACUAGAUUCGCAAAAUACGUCUCCGUCGAGCUGAACACUAAAUUAAUCUCAACUGCACUGGGGCAUAUCAAAGAGGCGCGAGCUGGGCAUCCCGUUGAUGAUCAUGUCAAACUUCAAUCCGGCUGGAUUCUACUCGAAGGUGUGCUUUGCCUUGGACCUCGUAUUGUUAAGCUUUACAUUUCUCAACUUUUGCUGUUGUGGAAGUCGGUGCUGGCAGCUCCACCUAAAAUGUCGUCGAACUCGAUGGAAGUCGCAUACCAGCUUAAAGCACGCUUUCUCGGCCUUAGUGCACUGGCAGUGUUUGUCACUCGGAACGGACCGCUAAUCACAAGUGAUAUCUCGAAAAGGUUGAGUGAUAUGCUCCAUGAAAUGUGGUCCUUUGUCGAGAAUAUUCCUGAAAGUGUCUUGAGUAACCCUGAGACUCAGCACGAAGAAAAUCUUGUUUUAAGUCGUUUGCUUCAAUGCUACGGCUUACUUGCAAAGUAUGAGGUUUCGGAGGGCUAUCCUGCUUCGCUACUAACGCGGUCGACCCAUUUUAUUCUGGAUCCUGAAUAUUUGCUAUCUCGCUGUAAAGAUGAGUGCGAAUCAAUCUAUGACUACUCGAACAACUCUGCACGAGGAGUCACUUCAAUUGCAUUCAAUAAAAAUUCGCCCAUCAUUGCAUCUAUGGUUUUCGAUGCCGAUCAAAAGUUGAUUGGGGGUGUUCCUCUACCCCUGGUAACAAGCACAGUGGACGCUGCUAUUGGGGUGAUUUCCCAUGUCCUCCCAACACAGCCCACUAGAGUUCAGGAAAGUUUGCUAGAUCGGGUCAGAUCUUACCUUGAGGACUACACAAGGCUUCUAGCCUCUAAAAAGCAUCCCCCUCCGCGUCACCAAGCAGCGUGCCUCAACGCUUCGAUCCUGCUUCACAAACUCACAUUCGCAAUUCAAUUCUUCAACGAUCAACGUAUUUCCUCGAUCGUAUCUGAUUCCGUGAAAUUGUUAUUGAGAUCUCCUGAAUCAUUAGUGCGCCAAAAUGCAGCCGAAGCCUACGGGUUUUUGGCCAGUAAAACAGACUCAAACACUGUUGCGGCUUACACAAACGAGGUAAUUGAGACCCUGGUAUCAAAUAUGGACCCUUUUAGUCGGAGUGGCUAUGCAUUGGUUCUGUCCAGUAUUGCAUCGAAUGCCGCUAGCAAUGUGCACGCCACGCAAUGGCAGUCGGCACUUGUCACAGUGACGCAGCUAUCAUCUGAUCCUCAUCCGCUUGUGCACAGCGCCUCCAUUCAAGCGAUGACAGCGGUAGUUUCAAACUCUGGUCUCUUGGCUAACAAGUAUGCCGAAGAGUGCUUGACAGUUCUGACACGGCUGUAUCUUCUUGACUCACAUUCCAGCGCAGUUGGUCCUGCCGUAUACAGCAAUUUUGACCUUGAUUAUUCUACAACUGUAUCAAUUGCCAAAUGCUGCCGCGUUCUUGUUUCGCUCAUCGGCCCCGAUCUAGCUAACCAAAAAGAGCUACUGCAUAAAGUGUACCACCUUGUGGACCAGUUCCAGUACAACAGGAAUGCGUUAGUUAUUGUCCAAUCAUGGGGUUGUUUUGAGGAGCUUUUUUAUUUCGCAAAAGCUCAAAUUGACUGGAUCAGCCAGGUUCUUAUUUGGACCACUGAUGUAUUCAAGCCGAGGAGCCCUGAAACGCUAUCUGCCGCACUUGAAGCUCUUCUCCUGUUAUUCAAAACCUCCCCGCAAAAUGUCUUUGCAAUUACUGGAAGCGUUUUGCAAUAUAAACUGUGGCUGGUUUACGAUGAGAACCAUUCGCCUCUUCUUCGCGAUCUUUUCCUCACUUGGCUCGAGCAUACGGCGAUUUACGAGCCAGAGAAAUGGAUCUUACGUCUCCAAGACGUGAUUAUGCGCCCUCGGUUCCAUUUUGUUCAACGCGCUACCGAGUCGGGGUCUGCUGCCAGACGGAACUCUGCAGCGGCAGCAGCGGCUGCUGCUGCCGCUGCCGAAACAGCCGAUGAAGAUCAAUCGUUGGGUGCUCAGGCGGAGCAGCAGCAUGAUACUGAGCUUCUUGAGUGGAGAACGAGACAGUUUGCAUGUGAAAUGAUGCUGCAAUUGACUCGUCUUGAACUGAAAGGGAAAUCCCAAGCCUCGCUACAAAACAGUAUUAUUACGAAAAACGUCAGGAAUGUGAUUAAAAUUGCCUUCAGUGCUGCUACUUCUGCCGUUUUGAGUAUGCAGUUGGUUGGCUUAGAGCUUUUGAAUGAGCUAGUAUCGGGUUUGUGCCAGCUUCCAGAUUUGGACUUCCCAGAGGUCCGGUUGCUCGAGCAAUAUCAAGCACAAAUUACUUCAGCUUUGACUCCAGCAUUCACUUCUGAUAGCAGCCCAGAGUUGGCUAUUGCUGCUCUCAAAGUGUGUGGUACAUUUGUCGCCUCAGGAGUUGUUGGAAACGCCACGAAGUUGGGCCGUAUUUUGAGAGUCAUCAAAGAUGCUUUAGAUUCUUGCACAGAAAACGAAUUCUCCCUCGGUGACCUCAAACUCAGUCCGAAUGCUCAGGAUAUUAUAAAGGUUGCUGUUCUUCGCCUUUGGGCUGACGUAUUUGUGGCAAGCGAAACACAAGAGUAUCUUCAGGACAUUGUGAAACCGCACGAGUCGCAGCUUCUCAACCUUUGGACUUUAACGAUUGAAGACUAUGCCAAGCUGAGGUUUGAACCCGAGCAAGCUAGCUCGACUUCUUUCGCUGAAAGUCUCGAACUUAUGCGCGCCGCGCAACUUCGCCAUAUUCUUUUGACGACAUACGAAGAGAGCUGGUUGAAUCUUGUUAGUGCUUUGGCCACUUUAAUUGAGUCCAAGGGAAGUGAGGUAAUGGAAAGGUCUACUGGUGGAAGGGACAUAAUUUUUGUGCUGUUCGGGUUGUGCUUUGAGGCCCUCCUGACUUUGCGCUCAAACCAACUACCCAUUUUGGUUGCGCUUCAGCGUAUUCUUUUGCCUGGAGUUUCUGCAUCUGUCAUUUAUGAACAAGAAAUAUUUACCGAAGUCGUUGAUAUCCUUGAUCGUAUUCUUUUGACGGGGAAUCCAGCUGAACGCUCUUGUGUCAUUUACAUUGCUCGUAAUGUUGCAACAGGACGAUGCGAGAGUGAUGAAAGCGUAGAUGAUUUGUUUGAACUAUUCCGACUUUGUGUCCUUCCUCUACGGGCUCUAUUUCCUUCGCUUGCCGAUUUGCCUGGUAAUCCGCCCUCGGUGAUUAAUGAGGCAGAGUAUUUGGAUCUCAUCAAAUUGAGUCUUGAUGCUCUAGUUGAUAUUGUUCAGGUGUUUAGAGAGGUGAUUCAAAACGACCUCUACGUCUGUUUGCUGUACAUUUUCGAAAAAAUCAGCGAGAUUCCUCUGUGUCAGGAGAAAGUGGUGCCGCAUAUUUUCUCGAGCUAUAGACGUUUGUUGGAGGUUAUGGACAAAGCUGCCCAAAGUUCUGAGGAUGCACGCAGGUUGGUUACAGAUGCAGUGGCCACAGCCUUCGUGGACGCUUCCAAAGAGCUGGCUUCUGCUUCGGACGAGGUCACAAAGAGAAACUGGAUGCUCACGUGUAUGGUGAUUCUGUGCACAAAUUAUAACCUUCUGGAUAAUGCAACGGGAAAUGCGUGGCAGUUUGGAUCGUUCUUGGUUGAUGCCUUGCACGACGAAGCCCUGAGCCAAGUUGCCGCCGAAUCCAUGCGGGCAUGCUUGGCGAUCCGGCCGGAGAGUUUGGCAAGAGAUGCGUUUAUUUCUGGGUGCAUCCCCAAGCUUGUUGAGCAGCUUUCGGACUCCAGUUCUCCGGCUGUGUCCAAAAUGGUAACAAAAUUAGUUGUUCAAUACGCUGCAAUUCACCCCAUACAGGGAAUGGGAUUAGCACUGACUGUUCUGCUCUACGUGGUGAACGAUGCGUCAUGGAUCAACACCGAUCAAGCGAGAGAGUUGUUUGUCAGUGGGCUGCUGAUCCGUCUUUUGGAGAGCCACUCGGCGAUUUUCAAGCAAGCCAUCCAGCAGCUUACACCCGAUGAUCGGGACCUUCUCCGUCGUUUGUUAGUUCACGACGAGCAGAAAUCCGACGCGUCGCUAAAUUCGGAGUCAACCAUUGUUUUGACUUCUUUCGGUUAA